CGUGCGCCGACACCGCGCACCGACGCCGCUGAGACACCGCCCGCGCCGUGACGACACCCGGCCGCAGCCGGGAAUGGAGGCCUGCUGCGCGAUCACACCUGCCGAGGACCUCGUGGGCGACCAGAUAGUCCCGGGUGGCGGUCGCUGGGGUACUCCACACGCCGUUGGCCUCCUCGACUCCUGGUUUCAGAUGCAGACAUCUGAGCUGGAGUCACUGCUGUGCAAGCAAGAGGGCGCCUCACUCGCGCCCGGCCACAUGGACCUUUUUGAUGGCGGAACGACUUCGCGUGAUGAUGCCUUCCUCCGCCCCGCUCUAUGGGAGGACAUCGCCUCAUCUAUCAGGAACAUCGAUCCUGAGAAUGCGAACAUGCUCGCUCCCCUUGGAGCCACCCACGUUAAACUGGAAGCUGAGGACGCACUGCUCGAAGAAUGCGCCACUCCUUUACUCAGCCCUCUGGAAAUCAAGACGGAGAGGCUCUGUGCUCCACCAACAUAUGCGCAUCCUCAACCGCCCCAACUACAGAUGCAACACCAGCCGGCAACGUCUUUCUCAAAAUACCCCCCCUCGAGGCUAGUGUACAUGUCUCCGCUAACGCCGCCUGGAUCCGAUCAGGGUAGCCCGGGAAAUUCAAUGCAGGGUGGACCGCGACGUACACCACCACCACCAUACCACCCACCACCACUGCUGCGUGCGCCGCACCUACCACCGCAUCCUGUGUCACAAAGUCAUCAUCACUCACAGGGUAUGUCGCAAUCUCUGCAUAUGGCUCCGCAACCUAACCAAGUGCAACAUUCUCAUAUACCACCUCCUCACUCGCGGCUUGCACCUCCGCCCGUCAAGUACAACCGCCGAAACAAUCCGGAGUUGGAGAAGAGGAGAGUUCACCACUGUGAUUUUCUAGAAACCUGCGCACCACCUGUACGCGCCAGCUCCUCACUAGCGCCUCGCGCCUCAACCUUUCAAGCAGAACAGUCCCAUGUGCAAAACAACCCUGGACUAGAGAAGAGAAGAGUGCACCAUUGCGAAUUUAUAGGGUGCACCAAAGUUUACACAAAAAGUUCGCAUCUGAAGGCUCAUCAGCGAAUACAUACAGGAGAGAAACCUUAUACUUGCCAAUGGCCAGAGUGCGAAUGGAGAUUCGCGCGGUCUGACGAGUUGACCCGUCAUUACCGCAAGCAUACUGGAGCUAAACCGUUCAAAUGCGCAGUCUGUGAGCGUUCCUUCGCGCGAUCUGACCACCUCGCGUUGCACAUGAAGCGGCACUUGCCCAAAACGUCUAAAUGACACCCAAGAAGAGGCGGGGACCAGAUUUCCGCGCCUCAACCUACUCAAGACGAAUGCAGCGAGAGCCUCUUUUUAGAGUGCGAUCUAGAGACUAGCCUGAUGGACACAUUCUACAGUGUACUGUGACUUCGCAGACACGGAAGGAAACAAAGAAAAAAGGGCACGUGAAAGGCUGCAAGAAAUCAACUCAUUUUAUCUCAAUUUUCUCAAAUUGUUUAGAAUAAAUGAACAUUUAAAUACAUGUCUUUAAAACAUGUUAUUACGGGAAUAUGUGACAUAGGUAGUGGAAGAAAAUGUGCAUUAAAUAUUAUAAAAAUGCGAAUUUGUCGUCUGAUGCGAAUCAACAGAUUGUAAAUUUAUUACAAUGGAUUGUUUAAAAUCAGAACAGGUACAAUCAUUACCAAGGAAUCGCUUUACAUUUCUACUUACAUACUUAAUUAUUAUUGUAAAUUGUUAGCACAGAGUCAUCUA